UUUCUGUAAUCGAUUCGUCUUCAACGAUUACUUUGGUCUUGUCAAUUGGGUUUAAGGGGUUGAAUGUGAAUCGUGAGAGUGGAAACUCGAGAGUUUCACUGACAGUAGACAACAGGAUAAAUAAAAAGAUUGUGACAGAAGCCUGAUUUUGCAUUUGUGAUAUGUGCCGCCCGGUGUGAAGAAGAGAAAGAAGCCGUCCAUCUCCACCGGCUCCCUCCCUCCUUCCCUCUUUCCCGCUCGCUUGCUCUCUCUGUGUAUAAAGGCAGUGGCCAGGCUUUGUGUCAUUACAUCUGGACAGCCCUCGUCGGGCUCGAGUGUCAAAAGGGCCAGCGGAGAAGCCAACACUGUCGCAGGCUCUUCUAAGCAGAGUGAGUAAGUGAUCUGAGGGAAGAGGGGGAGGGGGAGAGAGCGAGAGAGGGCAGUCCGGGCCUCUGUUGCGCUGUUUGGGGGAAGACGAAGAAGAAGAAGAAGAAGAGGAAGAUAAAAAAAAAAGGAGGAGUGAGUAAAUCAAAAGAAGCGUUGGAGCGGUAUAUGAGCGAUUGAUGCUGUGUGCGGUGUUGGGCCCAGCUAAUUGUCGGGUCUACUGCUGAUCAGCUCUGCCCUGUUCAUCGCCCUGUACUGAUCAGGUCGUACCUCUCAGCAGCAGACAUGAACGCGCUGGUGUGCAGCGUGCUCGCCCUCGCGAUCAUCUGUCAAAGCCAUAGCCACAGUGUCAGAAGCCCUCUGGACACUUUCAAAAGGUAUCAGGAAAGUGCCUGGUCUGACCCAAAUGACUGCUCCUCGUCCAGGCAGCCUUUCUCUCUGUCCAACCCCUACAAUUUCUCUGUGGACCUCCGGAUGCCUGGGGUCACCCCAAAAGUGUCAGAUACCUACUUCUGUGUGGCUGUUCCUGUGCCCAUGCAGAGGGAGGCCUACAUAGUGGACUUCGUGCCACAUGCCAGUAUGGACACUGCUCACCACAUGCUCUUAUUUGGCUGCACAAUUCCCUUUUCCACCAAAGGCUACUGGGACUGUGGAAGUGAGCAGGGAACCUGUGAGGAUGAGGCCAAGAUUAUGUAUGCCUGGGCCAGAAAUGCUCCACCCACCAAGUUACCCCAAGAUGUUGGCUUUAAAGUUGGUGGUGAUACAGGAAUUACCCACUUUGUGCUGCAAAUUCACUAUGGUGAUGUCACUAAUUUUAGAGAUCACCAUAGAGACUGCUCAGGACUUACUUUAAGAAUGACUUCCAAACCACAGCCCUUUAUUGCUGGCAUGUAUCUGAUGAUGUCCAUGAACACUGUCAUUCCACCAGGAAAGAAAGUUGUUAAUGCAGACAUUUCAUGUACUUACUCGUCAUACCCAAUGCACCCUUUUGCCUUCAGGACCCACACGCACCGACUCGGUAAAGUUGUCAGUGGUUACAGGGUUCGAAAUGGACAAUGGACGUUGAUUGGGCGGCAGUCCCCGCAGUUACCACAGGCAUUCUAUCCAGCAAGCAAUCACAUUGAUGUGAAAUAUGGAGACACACUUGCUGCCCGAUGUGUAUUCACAGGAGAGGGAAGAACUACAAAAACACGAAUCGGUGGCACUUCUGAUGAUGAGAUGUGUAACUUCUACAUCAUGUACUACAUGGACAGUAAGCAUGCCGUCCCUUACAUGGACUGCAUGGACGGUGCCAGAGGAGAUCUGUUCAAAAACAUCCCGGCCGAGGCUAACGUUCCCAUCCCAGUGACUCCAGACCACCUGAUGUCCAUGAUGCAUGGCUCUGCCCAUCACUCAGGUGGAGAGAGCAACAGAGCUCUCCAGCAGCCAAAGAGGGAAGAGGAGGAGGUUCUGGAUCAGGGUGACUUCUAUUCCCUUCUCUCCAAACUCCUAGGGGAGAAGGAGGACGUUGUCCACGUGCAUAAAUAUAACCCGUCUGAGGCAGCGGCAAAGAUCCAGGCAGAUCUGGUGGCAGAAAUUGAUAGCAUAAUGCAAAAGAAAGACCUGGGCUGGCCACGGCCCAGACUAGACCACAAAAACAGAGAGGAUGCUAUUCUGGUGAGGGACAGAGUGCACAAGUUUCACCAGUUAGAGUCCACUGUAAGACCCCCAGGAAGCAAGACCACGCCAUUCCAACAGCCCGGUGCAGUGGGGGCGAAAGCCGAGAAACAAGGAGCCCAUCUGGUGGAAGUGCCUGACUGGCCUGAGACUCCGUUGCAGCUUGGCCAGGUGUCCGGCCUUGCCCUGAUGACUGAUGAUAACCUGGUCAUCUUCCACAGAGGAGAUCACAGAUGGGGAGUGAAUUCUUUUGACAAUGAGGGGAGGUAUCAGCAGAGGUCCCUGGGUCCCAUCCAGCAGUCCACUAUCCUGGUGGUGGAUCCAGUCAAAGGCAAUGUAAUCAAAGCAUCUGGCAGAAACAUGUUUUAUUUGCCACAUGGCAUCACUGUGGAUACAGACAACAAUUACUGGGUCACUGAUGUGGCACUUCAUCAAGUGUUCAAGUUGGGGAGUGAUGGCAAAGACAAGCCACUGGUGGUGCUUGGUGAAGCCUUUGAGCCAGGGAGUGACAGAAACCAUUUCUGCAAACCCACUGAUGUAGCUGUGGACCCUGUGACUGGGAAUGUCUUUAUCUCUGAUGGCUACUGCAAUGCAAGGAUCCUCAAAUUCUCACCAGAUGGCAAAUACCUCUCACACUGGGGAGCAGGCUCGUCAGACAGGAGGAGGCGGGUGCCGUUCCAGAUCCCUCACAGUCUGGCUUUCCUGCCGGACAGACAUGAGCUCUGCGUAGCUGACCGAGAGAACGGACGCAUCCAGUGCUUCGUAGCAGAAACGGGCGAGUUUGUGAAGGAGAUCAAGAAGGACGAGUUUGGAGGAGAGGUGUUUGCUGUGUCAUACGCUCCUGUACAUGGUGGACUCAUCUACGCUGUGAAUGGAGAAUCUGCAUAUGGCCAGUCAGCUCCCCUCCAAGGCUUUGUGGUGAACUAUUCAACCAAGGAGAUCCUGGAUACAUUCAGACCUGAUACACAGGAGUUUAAAAUGCCACAUGACAUUGUUGUCACCAGAGAUGGAAGUGUCUUUGUUGGAGAUGCAGCCACAGAUUCUGUGAUCAAAUUUGUCUCGUCUGAAAAGGAAGAACACCGGUCGGUUAAGAAAGGUGGAAUCGAAGUUCAAGAAAUUGAAGAGACAGAAUAUUUUGUCCAGUCCCACCUAAAACCUGUACAAACUCAGCCGGCGCAGACCCACGUGGAGAAGACAGCAUUACCGCCACAGAGUCAGGUCCAUGAAGCUCUAACACCAGAGGAAAAACAGAAGAUCAAAAGCGUGACGAGACAGAGCUCUCAGGGCGUGUCCCCCGCUGUCGUCACUACCCUGCUUCUCGUCCCACUGGUGGUGGUCAUCGCCAUUGGGGUCUUCAUCCGCUGGAAGAAGAGCAGGAUGUAUGGAGAUGACUGUGAGGUGAAACUAGAACCAUCCGGCUCCUCAGGAGGUAUCUUGGGUAAACUUCGAGGUAAGGCCGCAGGUACCUUGAAUUUGGGCAACUUCUUUGCAAGUCACAAAGGAUACACCCGACAAGGUUUUGACCGACUCAGUACCGAGGGCAGCGACCUAGACAAAGAUGACGAGGACGCCACUGACUCUGAGAAUGAGGAAUAUUCCGCCCCGCCUCCACCAGUGUCCUCGUCCCAGUGAACUGUCCAGUCUGCUGUCCAGUCUGCUGUCCUGCUGUGAAUGCUGACUAACCCUCUUUGCUCACGCCGUCAGGAUGUAUUUUAAUCAUAUGUGUAACUGUUCGUAUUGGCCGCAAAUACUUUAUUUAUUUGUGCUGAAUUUCUCAGUAGGAUGUAUGACUGCCACUUUAAUUUAUCGUUUUAAUGGACCAGACAGAGGAGCUGAGCACUGAUAGAUAAAGAUAUAAACGAGUAUUCUAAUUGUGGGGAAAGGAUGCUUGACAGGUAGCGUAAUUUUCUAUCUUUCUUUCUCUCUCUUUUUUUUUUUUUAAUUUCAUCACCUGAGAAAAUUCUUCCAGUAAUUUAUCUGUCGCUGUUUUUCACUGAUUUUCAGGUGAUUGGUCCAAACAUUUCGUUGAUGACUUUUUCUGUACAUUUGUGCCUUUGUAAUUACGUAUUUCGCCUUCUGCAGCACCUAUAUUACUACAGAUGUGCCACAUACUUAAAUGAGCUGCUACUGUUUCCUGUAUUUUAUUUCAUUUUUUUGUUGUGCCGCAUUUAAUGAAAAGAAAAAAAAAAAGAUAAUUAUUAUCACGCAUCUAAAGCUGUAUUUACAACAAUUUCCAAGCAGACGUGAGAUGUGUCUGAUAUUUGUUGUGACAUACUGAGGUUUUAUCGCAAGAAGACUAUUUUCAGUAACAAUGUUAUUUGUGUAAUAAAGUGUAUGCAAAGCA